AAUGCUCUCUGAAUCUGAGUGCAUGUGCCCAGUAUGCAUUAGCUUACUCAUCCAGCCUGUAACAUUUCCCUGCAAUCACUCACUGUGUUUAAAAUGUUACAAGGAAACAGUGGAAAAAGCCAACCUCUCAUGUCCAGUCUGCAGGAAGCGCAUUUCAGUUUGGGCCAGAAAAGCUGCCAAGGAAAAUAAAUUGAUAAACGUGGAAAAGUGGACAGACAUCCUAGAGGCCUUCCCUGAAAAAGUAAGGCGCAGGCUGGAAGCCAGUGAAGAAAGCGACAGUGAAGAUGAUGAAGAUGAUUUUGAAGCCAAGGAAAAACGACAAAUUUCCUGUCCUGGAGAAAUCAGACAAGAAUAUGAAGCUGCUAUCCAGCAGAUUCAGCAAAAAAAGGACGAACAGGCAAAGAAAGAGGAGGAGGCCAGUAAAGUAAAUUUUGAAGCUCUGCAACAGGAAGAAUUUUUGUCAGAGAAAGUGGAAAUAGAAGAGAAAGCACUGAUGCUUGAAAAGAAAAAGUCUAAAAAAAAUAGCCUCUUUCUGAAUCCAGUUGUCAGAUUAAAGAAGUGUUUAAAAGAAGAGGAUAUAAUGUUGAGUUGGAGAGCUAACAACUGUCUCCCUAACACUGAAACUUUCCAUGACACUUCACAACUCACAGAAAACAGAUCAGCUAUACCUGCUGGCAAUAGUUCAGUAAAGAAUGAUGACCUUAAGUUUGCAACUAAAUUGCAAGAAUUUUUUGACUUAAUGGAUAAAAAAAGAAUUGUGGUUGAUAGGUCAAAAGGAUCUAGCAAUGAAUAUACUUUGCAAAGAAAGCAUAAAUGUGAUGAGUGACUGUUACAUUGUGUUGUUGAUUGUUAUAUGUUGGGUUGAGUUUUUUUUUAUGUUUUAGUAAUGUUUUUGUUGUUGGCUACUUUCUUUUUGAUACUGUCACAUGACCCAUAACAGUCUGUGUAAACAUAUGAUGUUAUUCUAAACACUGACUUAUUUGAGUUGUUGAUUCCAAGUGCUUCCUAUUCUAUCUAGAUCACAUGUUUUUGAAUUAUAUUGGUCUAUAUAUAUAUAAAUAUACAUUACAAUUUAUUGAUGAUUCUAUUUAUCCAUCAUUUGAAACCUUUCAUUUACUUUUUUUAGUGCUAAUUAUCAAACAAAAUUUCUAUAUUACAUGUAUGAUCUAUGCCAAACAUUUACCCUGGAUUGUCAUGUUAUAUUUGAUAUUUUCAUGUAUUAACUUACUGCCAAAGCCUUAAAGAGAAAUACAUUCAUUAAUCCAAACUUUGCACAAAAAAACACUAUUUGAAAAUGUCUAUUUUUUUUUUUAACUUUUAGCAAGCAUUGUUUAUUAGAAUACUAUCAGACUUAAUCAAAAUACAUUUUCUUAAACUAAAUUGAACUAAAACUUUGACAGCACAUUGAUUAAAAUGUAACAGACUUUGUUUUUGUCAUGCCUUUUAAUAAAAGCCUUAAUGACAAAUGC